AUGCUGGAGCCGCUGCGGCCUACUGAAGGGAGGAAUCCUCAGGUGGUGGGGGAUGAUGCGGCACAUGACAGCUUUGUAGCAGUUGGACAGAAUUUAGAAGAAGAAGCACUCCCUAUGGUCUCUAUAGAGCACCCAUUUGGCCGAGCGAAGAGCAGAUCAAGGUUGCGGGCAGGAUUGAUUGUAACCGUUGGAUUACUGCUCUUAGGCGGCUUGGUUGGUAGACGGAGCAUUGUGGCUCUGGCAAGGGGCCCCAUGGAAGAAGGGAAGCAGCUUCCUCGUCCCGUAGCAGAAGGUUCCGCUCCAGCCGUAGAGGAAGUUCUUCCUCCUCAGCCAAGGAGCGUCGAAGAGCAAGCUCAAACAGAACCAGAAGAACCACACCCACCAGCUGAAGGCCAACCGUUGGAAGAGGCGCCGACACCACAAAAAAGGAGACUACAGAAAGUGCGAGAGCUCCUCCCCAGCGCGGAGAGGUUAUCCAAACUGCUCAGCAGGCCUCAGGCAGAUAGUCUGUUACAGCGUUUUCAAGAGGCACUCGUGCAAAAACGACCAGCGCAAGGUCAGCCGGAGAGCGCGGAUGAAAUAGAGUUACAUGUUGAGAAGGCUUUGGAAGCCCUUCGCACGUUGCAUCUUUAUGGCGUCGAGCGAGUUCGCGCAAUUAUGAAGGAAGAUGAAGCUCUUGGAAGCUUUCCCGAUAUGGGGGACCUCGAGACUACAUUGAAGGAGGAACUAUUCGACGAAGGCGAACGCGUAACAGAGGACACCGUGCUACGCAUGGUAGACACGUUAAUGUCGAUCCAGCAGACGGCUGAAGAUGCGCACACGCAACUAGUUCUUGUCUGCCAGUUUUUGGCAACCCACGCAUUUAGAACAGAAGAAGACGGAGACUUGCUGACUGGCGCUGCACCCGACAUUGAGUACCUGCUGCACAACGUCCACUUUCGCUCAUAUCUCUAUUCAUCUGCAGGCACUUUAAGGGAGCAUAUUUUGGAGGGCAUCAGGGCAAAAGUGUUGAGGGAAAUCGAGGAGGUGUUGUUGCCCCUUGAGGGAAAAGUGAAGCUGCUACGGAUAUCCGUUGAUUCGGCAAGAGUUUCAAAGAAUAGAGGAGCAGGAGAAUCAUCUGAAGCAGCAUCUGAACUCCAGGAUGUGGAAUGGCAGCUGGAACAGGCGGAAGCUUUGGCAGCGGGAAUGCGCAGACAACUCGGUGACGUUGUAAGGACUAGCUCGAAUGAAGAUAUGGCUCGGUAUUGCAAAAAGGUAGAGGAAGUGGAUGCAGAACGGAGGAUCUCCAGUUGGUUGAAUGGCGGCGGAUCCCAAUUGGAAUACAGCCGCGUGCUCCAAGACGCUGUCUACGAGGAGCAGCUGACGAAAAUAAAACAAGUUGCGUACCGGGUACAGAUCGCUCUGGACCAAGCGGCAGAAUCUGCGCAGAAGUUAGCGCAAGCAGAUGACACAGAAACUGCUCUUGAAUGUUUGAACACGCAAAUGACCCAUCUUACCGAAUUGAUUAGGGCAAAGGAGGCGGCACGUCUACUAUUGGUAGAUAGCAAAUUCAUUGAGUGGCUUGAGACCGACACGGGACGCCAACAUAAUUCCUUUGAAGCCGUCGCCCUCUACGAACUACCCGAACGUAUUUUCGAUAAAAAAUGCUUGGAAUCCGCCAAAAGAGUAUACGAGGAAGCUCGGCGCAGGCUUAUGGGUGCAAAAACGCUUGUUGAAGUUGAAGACGCAUUGGGAUCGGUGCGUUAUGCUCUAAUUUCAUUGCACGUUGCCGUCGGUCUCUACAGAAAGGAUGGCAAUGCGCAGUUCGGUGUCUCAGCUCCAUAA